AUGUCCGGGUUUCACCGCUUGUAUCUUCCAGGCCUCGCAAGAUUCUCGCAAGGCGUCGACGACGUCCGUCCUCUCAGUCUCGCACUGAUCGUCUUUUUCUUCUGCAACAGUGCUUUCCUCACACUCGAUCGCACACGAUCGUUUGCACCUCGCAACGAUGUUCUUCAGAUGCCUGCGUCUGUCAACGUCAAACAGAAAAAGGUUUCGCACUUUUACCUUGAAGGGGGCAUCGGUGGUCUCGCGAUAGGAUAUGUCUUCGGCCUUCACCUUUCAACCUUUCUCUCUUUGCUCAUUCCAAACGACACCUCGUCGCCGUCCCUUACGUCCAAGUCUUUCCUCGCGGUUUGGCUCCUUUCCUCCCUUCCUAUCGCCAUCUUCGGAGGCCGAUUCAGCAUCCUUUCUCUUGCCCUGGGAGGAAUCACUGGGGGUACAUCCCUCGCACUUGCCUUAAGCAUCACGCUCCACCCGUCCCUUCUUACUCGUCGCAUUUUAUUCGCGCUUCUUCUACCUGUCUUAUUUGUACUCACGAUCCUUCCCUUCGAUCGCACACGACAUGCUUCUCUCCGUCUUGCUGCGAGUGCCUCCGGUGCAUUCGGUAUCAUCAUGUCUAUCGCCCUUCUCGCGCAGGUUCCUGCCUGGGGAAACACCUGGGAACGCCUCUGGAUUAGUGAUGGCAAUAGUUGGGGCACAAGCGCAGAGCAUGGGCUGAGCGCUGGAUUCUGGCUGAUACUGACCUUAGGCUGCCUGGCUGAUUGGACAUUGAGGCGAAUCUAUGGAGCAAACCCGGACCAGAAAUGGGACGCGUACCUAGCGGACUAUACCACUGCUCUCCCAAACGCCUCUGAUCGCUCUGGGACCUUCCAACCGCUCUCCUCCUUCUGGGACCGUCUUUUCAGACCCUCCCAUCGCUCGUCCCCAUCGUCUUCGCUGCUCUUCUCCACUCCAGGUGAUGACUCCAAGCACUUUCAACCGUCGUUGCCAAAUUCUCGCGUGCCCACCAUGGUUCAUCAACGUGGUUUCGCCCUCGAGAAAGCCUCAGUCGAAUCUUCUUUAACGUAUAGCCAGCGACCUGGUGUUCUGAGAAAGCACUCUCAUUGGCCUCUCGCGCGCAUCAUGGCGCCUGCAAACACAGAGAGUACUACACAACGCAAGCGUGAAGCAGUAAAAUUCCGUCCUAUCACCAGGACCACGUCAGACUUGGAUUCAGAUUCCGACAACGACGCUAGCACGAAAAUCGACGACGCUCUCUCUGCCUCCCCUCCAAAACGUCGCCUAUCCACUCAUUCGAGCAUGUCCAAAACGCUCACCGAUGCUUCAACAUCCCAUACAUUUGACAGACACGAAGACAAGGCUCUUUCGUCAGAGGACGUUGCAUCGCCGAGCUACAUCAAGAACAAUGGUAGGCUUGAUUAUUUCGAUGACGAGGAAGACGUGACUGUGUCUGCCGCGAAGCGUUCGCGCGACACUCCAGGCUGGAGCCCGCCAUUCCUCAUGCGCGCCGGUUCCACGAAGGGACAAGAUACACCACCCGGAGCAGUCCCAAUGACACCUUCGCUUAUACAUGCUCUUGAUCGCAUUGCAGUAGCUCAACAGAAUGUGUUCAAGCCUCAAGGCAUGCCGAUUUCAAGCUCUAGGGUUUCUCCGACUCGCGCAAAGGAAACGGCAAUAGUACAAGACAACCAGUGGGAUUCUUUUUGGCAAGAUGUGAGGCAGAAGGCAGGUGACAGCAUGCAGCAUAAAUAGGUGACGGGGGCUUAGGCUGUCGAUCAUCGAGAUCUCGAGGUUCCGUGCUUUGUACGACCUUUCAUGUUAUAACGACCUUACACGACUUUCACGAGCGUUGCGUAUUUGGGGGAGCUGUUUAUUUAUCUGCUUUUUAUAACUAUUAGUAUGGUAUGCAUCAGUCAGUCGGUAUUAGCUGUGAACAUGUGAAGUCCCAUCCUGAAUAAGUAUUUCUCUGGGACACUAGAGGGAAGUGAUUCAGCCCUGAAAGAUCUGAAACCUUUGGACCAUCAUCAUCGUCUUGGCAGGUGAUGUUAACACGCAAUCAGUCCGCAUCGCAUCAGAUUUGUCCUGUUUCACUGUGAUAACUGUAAGCCGGUCCACUCACUAGCAUCAAUAUGGCCGCAUUCCAUGAAGCAUUGAGUAUCCCCUUGACCAUAUGUGCUUCGAGAUACAGCGUCUAAGGAAAACGUACCAGACACAAACUCUUGCUUGUAUGUGCCGUUUCAUAAAAUGCUACGACGAAGGAAUACGACCGCUUGAGGAUGGUCAGAGAUAUUCGGAAGGGAAAGCGUACGUUAACAAAUGUGAAGCAUAUCCAUCCUUAGGCUCUAUCCAGCUGCAGCAUGCACGUCAUUUGCAUGUGUCUAUCCGUUGGCACUGUCACAAUACAAUGAAAUCGCAGAAACGUACAUUGAUCCCUGAACGAGCGUUGUGGUAUCCUUCAGCUCGUCCACCGUCUUCCGCACGGCAGCAAUGCGCAACCGGCCCUCACAGGUUGAAUCAUUCC